GCGCUCCGAACAGCGUAGGGGAGGAAAAUCUCUUCUCGCGUGUGUCACCCGGCAUUUCUUGUUGCAUGUUUUCCGCAUUUUUUCCCAAUUUUAACCACAUUUGACCAUGGAAAUCCUCGAGACAAAUUUCAGUGAAAAACUCCCGGAAAUCGUGGAGGCCAUCGACAGGGCGAGUUUUGUGGCCAUCGAUCAGGAAUUCACGGGUCUCUUCCGGGAAAACACCUUCAGCAAUCCGUACUCCAGCAUCGGUGCCCAUUUCAACAGAAUGCAGAAGUCUGUGGAUGGAUAUAUAGUGAUUCAGCUGGGAAUCACUGCCUUCUGGCUCAAUCCCGAGAAUGACAGCAAGUUUCAGUGCAAGAGCUUCAACAUUUUCCUGUAUCCACGUGGAAAAGGCAGCACUUUCCGGUGCGAAUCGUCCUGCAUUGAGUUCUUGGUGAAGAAUGGACUGGAUUUUAACAAACUCUUCCUGCAAGGACUGUCUUAUUGCACAGUUCAAGAGGCGGAAAAGAUGAGGAGUUAUUUGGAGAAGCGACAGCAAGAGAAGAGAGAACAGCUGAUGAGUGCCGAGCGUGAUAACACAUCGCAUGUCAUUGUGCCGGAAGAGGAGAAAGAGACUCUCGAGGAGGUGUCUGAGAAAAUCGACGAGUUUCUGAAGUCUGAAGAAGAGGAACUUCUUCUCGACACUUACAACGGCUUCCAGAGAAGAUUGAUCUACGAGAUGAUUGAGAGGGAUUACUUCGAGGCCAUCUCAGCCUGUCCGAGAGAGCUGGAGAAUAACAGGAAAGGUUUGGUGGUCAGCAGAAAGAAGUCGCCUGAGGAAGAGAUGAAGCUUCUCGAAGAGAAAUUCGAGCAGGAGAAGAAAAACCUCGAGUUACAAAUCGGAGUGACGCACAUUCUCAAGGCUCUAUCAGAAUCUAGAACACUGAUAGUGUGCCACAACAUGUUCAUGGAUCUCGUGUACCUGAUGAAGCAGUUCAUCGGACCACUUCCGGAGAAUGUCGAUGAAUACAAGAAACUCGUGCAUGAAUUCUUUCCCAAUAUUUUAGACACAAAAUUUCUCUGCACUGCCGAGAGUCUGAAGAAAGAGAUUAAAUCCACCGUUUUGCCUCAUAUUUUGGAAGACUGCAGAAAAGCGCCUUUCACGAUGCCUGAAGUGGAGUCUCUGGGCGAGCAAAAGUAUUCAAUUGAGAGUGUUAAGGAGCACGAGGCGGGAUAUGAUUCCUUCAUCACGGGAAUCUGCUUCAUAAGUCUUGCGAUUUAUCUCAAAAUCCACCCAAAAGACUUGAAUGCCAACUGCAAGAAGCUGAAGAGCUUCAAAAACAAGAUCUUCCUGAUGGGUUUGGAGAAUAUCACGCACAUGAACCUGACAGGACCCGACGAGAAGCCAUCCAGGAGUCAUGUGUUUCACAUCACCUUCCCGUCCACAUGGAAGAACACCGAUAUUGUGAGACACUUCAGGAACUUCGGCGAUGUUCAGAUUAAGUGGCUGAACAAGGAGAGCGCUUUUGUGGCUCUGCUGAAGCGAGAGUACGCCACGUGCUUGAUGAAGAAGAUCGGACGCACCCCGAACGUGACUGUGAUGACGCACGCUGACUAUGAAGCCUCACAAGUGCAAGAAAUGAGUGCUGGCAACAAGAGGAAGAGCUCUGAAAUGGCAAGAGGAGAGGUGGAUGAGACUUCGUCGAAGAAGGCGAAGAAAUUUGAUGAAAAUCCUGACUGGAAAUAGAAAUUAUGUAUUAUACAAAAGUAAACUUGGUGAGUAAUCUUUAA